CAAAUAUAUAAUCAAUUCCAUUGCGGUACAGAAGCUCGAGAACUGACGAAUACUAUUCCAGCUUCUUUCAGGACACACGAAUUCUACCCUGUAAACUGGUAAAAUGCCUUUAGGGGCGCUUCUAAACUCCACGAUGCGCUGCGGCAGCACAGCGCUUCCCCUGCGACGGAAAUGCUUCGUCGCGAGGGCGCCGGCGAGGUUCCGAGGGCCAAUUCGUCAAGGCGCUGUCGUGGUGCGGGCGUCCGCGGGCGAUGGCUCCGCCCCCAUGAUGCCUGAGCCGGAGGGCCCGCGUGAGAUCUCCCUGACGCGGCGUGUGCCGGGUGUGGGCUACACCUUCAUGCUGGCAGGCGCGCUCAAGAUCAUGACGGUGGGCUGGAUCGCCACGUCGGCGCCCCGGGAGUGCGUGCGCACAGCCGCAGGCCAGUACGCGCAGUUUCUGCUGCUCCCAGUGGGUCUACUGCUGUGCCUAAUCGCCAAGAAGAUUGUGGACGCGGGGUUGCAUGAGAGCAAGCGCUUCAUGGCCUUUGUGCUGGGCCUCACCGCCUUCGCCUACUUCGGCCUCUACCCCGUGCUGUACCGCUACGAGCCCAAGACCUACCACGCGCAGCAGCGGCUGUUGGAGGCCGCCACCCACCAGCCCGCCCGCAGCCCGUACCCGGAGGACGCGGCGUCAACCGCUGCCGCCGGCCGCAAGAAGUUCAUCGUACAACGGCAGUUGGAGGGCGAGUACGACAACCGCCUGCCGUCGUACUACAGCCGCGCGCCGGAGAUGCAGAUGGCAGAGGUCAACGACCGCGUGGGGUCGCUGCCGGACGGCAUGCUGGGGGCGACGGUUGGGAGUACGACAGCGGAGCGGCGGUUGCCCGCGGGUACGGCGGCGGUUGGGUCGCGCGCGCCGCGGCGUAUGGCGGGCGCCAACGUGCCCAGCAUGUACGAGACGCAGUCGCGGAUACCCGGCCUGGAGGACUCCGACUUUUGAGUCGGGUUGUUGAGAAACGUAGUUUUUGUUUGGUGCGAAGGGUCAGCGCAAAGCCCGUGGUGCGUUGGGUGGGUGGGAAGAUAGGUGGCAUUGGGCCGGCAUUGUGCAGGGGCAAGGAGUUGCCGAACUCAGCAUUGUUGCAGGCCGCUCUGUUGCCCAUGCCCGUGGCUUGGACAAGAACAAUGCGUUUGCUCUGUGCGUAGUGCGUGCCGUGGCUCGACCCUGUAAACGGCUACAGCUGUAGCUGCGGCUGCUUGGCUAUGUAGGCAUGUAGGCUGUGGCACGUGCCGCGUGGCCAGACAGAACGCGCAGGGUGGGGCUGGACUGUUCUUAAGUUACAGAUUUAAUGGACGAGUCCUGCGGUGGCGAUGGCGUGUUCUCUGAGGAGUAAGAGCACCGCAGCCGUAGAUUAGGGUAGAUGGUGGCAACGCGCAGACGCGGUGAUUCCCGCGAUACCUCUUGGUGCAACAGCGCCAGGAGAGUGGGUGUACUGCCGCUGAAUGCCACUGCGAAUUCUGUAGAGGCGCUCUUAUGGUGGGCAGGACGCUCGUCGUGGGGGUGGCGACGACGGUAUUCAAGAUGCUUUGAACGAUAACAAUGCGAAGAUGGCCUGAUUUCCACGCACGUAGGCUGAAAGGCUGCGCCAUUAACGGGCAUGACGUGGGUGGUACGGCCGUACGGUGGUCGGGAGGUGGUCGUGUGUUUGGGCAGCCCGCUUACAGCUACUCGUAAUACUGUACUGCUGGCGAUCCGCGUCUGCAGGUCCCUAUCACUGCUAGUGCCAUCGCCACACCACGUCUUGCACCACGACGUAUUUCCAUGAUCGUCGGUGCCUGGGCUGGGUGCAAUUUUGUCUAUCUGGCCGCAACUACAUUAGGCACUUGCUUUGCCUUUUUCAUGUCCCAUAGACGUGUUGGCCACGUGCUCUGCAACCGGUUGCCUGACGCCUGUCCUAGAUGUCAUAUCCGGAUU